AUGGGUUGCUGUCAUGCUAAGACUUCUACUAUCACGACACCAAAUAUUCAAAAUAGUCUGCCAAAGGACGAUGAAGUAUGUCCACCUCGAUUUGCUUCUUCAUUACCAACACAUCCUUGCCGUCUCACAGAGUUCGACGACUACAGCUUGGAAAGGCGUUUUGCGACGCAAUAUACGGUUACAGCAAACAUACGUAUAAAUUCACCCUUCAGAGUUGACCCCUACGAAUGCUAUCGACAACCAGAUCCGCAGACGAUGACACUUCUCACUUCAAAAAUCAUUGAUGAGGUGGAAGACAAACUAGUGACAAAUCUAUCCACUGGACAACUACGCAUGGCAGCAGACGGUGAUAUGAGUUACUCUUUCAAAACCUUCGGUUUCAAACGUAAUGUGAUGAAUGAAAGCCAGCUCAGUCCAACGGUUAUCGAAGCAGCCCUGACACACAUUAUCGAUCAUUUGGAUGAACAUCCCAACUUAGUUGCAGCCUUGAAAACAGCUAAGAUUGGUUAUCAUGACAGGGGUAUGAUGCUUGACGACUUGGGCGUCCGCGUAUUUGUAAUAAAUGGCACAAAAUCUAACAAUGCAUCAUAG